UGAAAGGGGUUUUACUGUUCAUACUGGAUGCAAUAGCGGACUCAAAUAUAAAAAUCGUGAACUGCAUAUUGAUAGAAUGUAUAUAUUUUGCGCUUCUUCGAAUUUUAUUGGAUUACGCUAAUUUUGAUUUAUUUUAUGUCAUAAUCUAGCAUGAAGCAUGCAAUCGUAAAUAUGACUUAUGGUUUUCAAAAUUAUUUUCAAAAAAUUCUUUUCAAGAAUUAUUGCUUACGAGAUCGGCAAUGCGGAAGAUCGAAUUACUGCCAUCGCCACUACGGCACUUGUCACAAAUGCAAAAAGAGUGGAGCGAAAUGUAGACGCGAUCAUGUUUGCUGUAAGGGAUUCGAGUGCGCUUUCGGUAGUUGCAGAAGAAUCGUCAAACGAGGGAACUAUCUUGCAAAGUGCAAGAAGGAUAAGCACUGUAAAAAAGGACUUUGUUGUGCGAAAAGUCACGGGGAGUUUGUCUGCAAACCUUUGCUGAGGGAGAAUCAGAUUUGUUCCGUCCUGGAAGGUGGAGUGGCCUAUGCUGUUAAUCAUGGAUGCCCUUGUGACGACGGCUUAGCAUGCAAACGAUGGAAGGUUCGAAGUAAUAGGGGCACCGAGAAAAAGUUUAAGAAGAAACUAAGACGUUGUCAGAAAAUUAACUAAUAAUUAAAAUUACACAAUACGUAUAUAUGUUACGUAGUGUUGUAAAUCUAGAAUUAUUACAGUGGCAUAAUGUUGAGGGUGUUGAAUUAUACAUUCAAAUGUGUUCAGUAACAUUUACUUAAAGUUGGAUAGAUAAUUCUGUUGUUGGAUGAACAAUACUGAACUGCUGGGGCCGGUCGUUCAAAAGACGUUUAA